AUAACCCCACCAGAAUGUUCAAUCCGCUACGCUACAAUAAAAUAUGCUGUCACAUGCACCUCAUCGUAAUUAUAUUCACAAAUACAGUAUAACAUAGUAUGAAUAAAAUCAAGAUGGAGUUGUUUUUUUUUUAUUGUUGAAAUCAGUGUGUCAUGAGACGGCAAAAAUUGACUACAGUGGCACUUUCACUCCUGCAAAGAUAUAAAUCGAGUGGUGCAACGAUGAAGGUUAAAGAACUGAUAAAGGAUCCGCCCAAGGGGCCUCUCGAUGGCUACAGGAAACGGGCGAGCUUCGAUUGGAAAUCGAUGAAACUCAACUUGUAUGGGGAAGAGUCUUUGAGGUUCCAAGAAGAAUUGUUCGAGUUUAUGGAAAACUCACCGAUAUUUAAAAAGCCUACUGGACACAUGACGAUGGACGAGCAUCGACGAAGAUGCAUGGCCCAAGCUCGAGAAUUGGCGAAAAACGACUUCAGGAUCCCUCUCGACAGAAACGCCUUCAAUGUCAUGUUCGCUUACGACGGUGCACUGCCAAUAAUAACGGGACUCAGUUUCGGAAUGGUCCCUGGUAUCGUGAUGUCAUUGGGCACAGAACGACAUUCUGAAUUUAUGCAAAAAUUCAUGUCCGGCGAAUAUAGAGGAUGUUUUGCAAUGACUGAAAUGAGCCACGGUUCGAAUGUGAAAGGAAUAAGAACGACAGCGACUUAUGACACGAAAAAAAAGUGUUUCAUCCUCAACACACCAGACUUUGAAGCUGCGAAAUGUUGGGUCGGCUGUCUCGGGAAAUGUGCAACGCACGCCGUCGUCUUCGCUAAAUUAAUAACUCCGGAUGGGGUAAAUCACGGUGUCAAUGUUUUCAUCGUCCAAGUUCGAGAUCCAGAGACUCUGUUAUCGAUGAAGGGUGUGACGGUUGGUGACCUCGGGGAAAAAAACGGUCUCAAUGGCAUAGACAACGGCUUCGUUAUGUUCCAUAAUUAUCCUGUGCCACGUGUUAAUCUACUCGACAAACUCUCAGAUGUGACGGAAGAUGGGAAAUUCGUUUCCGCUAUAAAAGAUGCCAACAAGAGAUUCGGUACUUCCUUGGGCACACUCUCAAUGGGACGAGUCAACAUUUCAAGCAUAUCUGCAGAAUAUUUAGCUACGGGUGUUACGAUUGCUCUCCGUUACUGCUGCGUGAGACAGCAGUUCGGACCAACGGAUAGCGAAGAACUCCAGGUGAUCGAGUAUCAAGCCACGAACACGAGACUGGUGCCGCUGGUCGCACUAACUUAUGCGGUCAAAAUAUUCUCGAGGAAUUUCGCAAAAAACGCGCAAUCGUUGCAAGCGAAAUUUUUUGGCGAUGGCGACAGAAAUAAACUUGCGAUCGAAGGAGCGGAGAUUCAUGCACUUUCGUGCGCCACCAAACCGCUCGUUUCUUGGUUGGUGAGAGACGCACUCGUUGAUUGCAGAGAAGCUUGCGGUGGUCACGGUUACCUCAAACUCGCUCGUCUGGGGGAUUUGAAAAACGACCAUGAUGCGAAUUGCACGUACGAAGGAGAGAACAACGUACUGUUGCAACAAUCGUGCAACUGGCUGACAGGCCAGUGGCCUAAAAUCAUGAACCAAUAUGCUGAGUCAACGACCCUGCACUCAGCAGAUUUCCUGAUGAACUUCGACAGCAUAAUCCAUCGAAAAUUCACCGCCAAAACGGUCAGCGAAGCAAUGAAACCUGCGAAACUUCACGAGGCUUUCGAGUGGCUCGUUUGUCAUCAUUACAGGAGGACUCAGGAACGCCUGAAACAAUUGAGAAGUCAAGGUCAAGACGAUUUCGAGAGCAGAAAUAAUUCUCAACAAUUUUUCGCUCGUACUCUGUCCCUGGUUUAUGGAGAGCAAACUCUGUUCAAAAAUUUCUUGGACGAGCUGGGAAAUAGUAAAUGGAGAAGCGAGGAGAAAGCAGCGUUGACGAAAUUAUGUUCACUUUUCGGAGCCGGGCUUCUCGAGAAAAGAGUCGGCGAUUUUUACUCCGGUGGUUACGCCACACAAGAAUCACACUUCAGUGAAUUUUUACAACAGGGAAUAAUCGACCUGUCCCGAGACCUCGUAGGCGAAGUCAUGGCUCUCGUCGACGUAAUUGCACCGCCGGACAUUAUAGUACAAUCUCCCCUCGGAAUGGCAGAUGGCAAGCUUCGCUUCAGGUAUACCAACAUCUGGAAGCUGCGAUAUGCGGAAACAGAGAAAAUUUGGAACGUCCCUCAUGGUGGAGAGAACUGACUCAAUCCAAAUUGUAAAUUGUCGUUGUUACGUUUGCAUUAAAUUUUAUAUGUACAAAAUA